UAUCACUUUAACACUUGUCCAUUCGGAGCCUGAUAACAUUUCAACAGGCAUAUUUACAUCCCACAUACAUAUAUUACCAUGAUGCCCUAAAGUUAUACCAUCAACUACAAACUUCAUUCUAUCCUCUGCCAACCGUCGUCUCGAUGGAUUGCAAAAUUUCUUCCAGGCAAAAACCUAGAAUAGUGGAUAUUCUAAUUAACGAUCCGAUAAUAGUAAAUGAUUGGUCUCGAUUUGUUGCAUACCUCGGUCCUUCCGAAAUUCACGGUCACAAGUUUGUACAGCUCAAUGUCAAUCAGACCCCAUUUGACCUAUUCACUAGUAUUAUAGAUGCCUGGUCAAGUGCUAAUGGUAGCACUGCCACGAUAAGGAAUUUAGUGGACUGUCUCCGCUAUAUUGAAGUCAAAGACUGUGCAGAAAGAAUUGAGGCCUACGUUAGAAACAAUGUUCAGGAUCGCGAAGAAGAAAUCGAGGAUACCUAUAUUACCACGAUUUUCGGCCGAUUUCACUCCUUUUUUGACCCAGAAAUGUGUCACAUUUUCGUGACCGACUACUACGAAAGGUUUGACAGUGUCACCUUUGCCCACAUCCAGUCCGACAGAGUUCUCCAACUUGCGAAACAAUAUUGUGAAAUUUCUUAUUUGGAAGACCAUCAUGAAACUCUUCGAGACAUUUUGAGCCGAGAAAAUAACGGCAUAUUUAUUCGUGAUAUGCUCCAAUGUUGUUUGCGAAGUUUGCAGCGUUAUUCCUUGAAAGUUUUGGAUUUUAAACAUUUCACAGCCUUCUCUCGUCAUUUGGAGGAGGACAAAUAUCGUCGAGCUGUUGAGUUGGAGAUGUUAAUCAACUUUAACAAGGGGAUGCGUCGUUUUUUACAACUUGAAAUAAGAUAAUUUUAUGUAUGUACGUAGAUUUUUUGUUGUAGUGAGCGAUCAAUUCCUGAAGAUUAUAUGUAGGUAAUUUUGAAUCCGUUUAAUUUCAGUGCUCUCUCAUAUGGAAAUUUUCGUUCUAUAAUGAUAGCUCACUACUUAUAAUAAAAACUUACAUAUAUUAAAC